GACAGAUUUCUAUGACAACAUAUUGACUCUUAACAAAUCGUUCAAUUCAAUAAAGAUGAUUCUCCCCGAUGAGCCCAAAACUGGAGAUGUUCCAAAAAUCAUUCAACGGAGUUCUCAUGAAGUUGCACAUUUUGAGUGGUGGAAGUUCAAGGUCAAGGUCAUCCUUCAAGGUCAAAGCCACGAAACCACAAAGCUAAAGUCAGUGUUUGGGCUGACCUUACAGUGGAUGACCUAGAUCGCAUCAAUGAGUCAUUAAAUGCAGAUCAUAUUAAAAUGGUGUUGGCAGAUAUAUUCCAUCUUGAUGACCACAAAACAAGUCUGAAGACAGGAAUUGUGAUGGAUCUAUACUACUACACUCUCCAGUUUGCACGGGAACAUAAGUUCACAAAAGAACAAACAUCAGCUUUCUUCUCAAUUGUCAAGAAAACACAUGAAGUUUGCACAGAAACACCCUUUGGCAACCUGGAUCAGACAUUUUCAUACUUCAAAGAGCUGGUACUCUGUCAUGCAGUGAAUAGACCCCCACACAGCAUUGAGCUGUUUUCGGCUGAUCAAGUGCGGCUCGUCUCAGAAUAUGUAGUGAAUACAUACUUCAGGCAUUUCAAGAUGUAUAAAUAUGCUUUCACGCCAUUGGUGAGGCUGGACCUAUCAAUUAACUAUGUUGGAAUGCCACCAACCCCACCUCCAACAGAAGAUGAGUUGUUGGUUACCAUGGUAGCCAAACGGAAGGCUGAAAUUCACACAAGAUCAGGGUCUGUUGUGCGUAAUGAGACUCCACGGGAUGUCAAUGAUGAGGACAUGUGGGAUCUGGUGGAUGAAGGUGAGCCUGAGGUCACAGACGAGCAGCCCGAACUGGAGCCUGAACCAGAGAGAGUAGAGACCCCUCAGCCUGAUGAGUCUGAAGCAAGGAAGGAGCUGCGAGGGAUGAUCCAGACAUACCUGUCUGAGGAGAUCAAGAAGAUGAAGCUGACCAUGGACGACCAGCUCAAGUCUACAGAGGAGAUUCUCAACAAGAAACUCGACAUAGCAGAGGGUGGAGGCAAGAAGAGUGGACGCAACUCUGCUAAGGGGGCAAAGAAAAAGUGAUACAGAUAUCAUAUCAGGACUUGUGUGUGUGUUAUCUUUUAAUCUUGAUAUUUGUUGUUAAUUAUUAUUAUGUGUAGAUAUUGCAAAUACUUGAAAAAAGUGUAUACAUUUAUUACUGGUUUUUCUAAUAAACAAAAUGUUAACUAAA